AUGACACAAGAAAGGUUGCCCAUAUAUAGGGGGACACAACGACUUUGGUCGCUGCCUACCGCACUUAUAAGAUGGCGAGCCGUUAGCCACGAGGAGACAACCACUAGUCUUUCCACUCUCAAUGUCAAACUCUUGUUUUGUAGUAAGGUGGUGAGCCAUGAAGCCGCCAUAGUUUUCUACAACAAGAACACAUUUGCUUUCGAGGGAGAUCAUAACUGGGAUCCUGUUGUUCAUUGGCUGAAAACCAUUGGCAUUGAAAAUCGAAAUUCUCUUGCAAUUCUGGAGGUGUGUGGCAAGCGACCCGAUCAAAUGUGGCAAAAUUCCCGUGGAGAGCGUAUGCAGGAACCUUUCAGGUUUUCAGGUGAGGAAGUAUACCUUAGGCAUCCAUACUUUGCCACCCCCAUAGAUGGUUUCAAAUAUGGCUUCGUCGACAACAUCAACCCGAUCGUGGAAGAUGUUUUGUAUUGUUAG